AGACAGCCUGCGACUGACGUCUAUAACUUUUGCUGUGUAAUCUGUGAAUGAGCGGUCGGGAAAGGCGUUUUAUUUUACAGAAAUAAAAGAAAUAUUUUAAAUCACAGUUAGGUUUUGGAAUGGAAUAUUUAAUCGGGAUCCAGGGGCAGGAUUUUGUCCUCGUCGCCGCUGAUAAUGUGGCAGCCAGCAGCAUCAUUCAGAUGAAACACGAUUACGACAAAAUGUUCAAGCUCAGUGAAAAGAUCCUGCUGCUGUGUGUCGGAGAAGCAGGAGACACGGUGCAGUUUGCAGAGUACAUCCAGAAGAACGUUCAGCUCUACAAAAUGAGGAAUGGUUAUGAACUCAGUCCAUCGGCAGCAGCAAACUUUACACGGAAGAACCUGGCAGACUACCUGAGGAGCAGGACGCCGUACCACGUGAACCUGCUGCUGGCGGGCUACGAUGACACCGAUGGUCCGGGCCUCUUCUACAUGGACUACCUGGCCUCUCUGGCCAAGACCCCCUUCGCUGCCCACGGCUACGGAGCUUUUCUCACUCUGUCUAUCCUGGAUCGCUACUACAGACCAGACCUGACCAGAGACGAGGCAGUUGAUCUGCUGAAGAAGUGCGUGGAGGAACUGAACAGACGCUUCAUCCUCAACCUCCCGUCAUUCUCCGUCCGUCUGAUUGACAAGGACGGCGUCCAUGACCUGGAGAAGAUCUCUGUGGGCAACAAGUGACCCCUCUCCCUGCUCGCCUUCUAACCACCAUUUUUUUUUUUGUACUGUUGACCUCCUCCCGCUUUCUCCUCCAAUAAAAAGUGACACAGUCGAUUCAG